AUGGGCAGGUCAACUGGGCAUGAUCGCACGAAAUGCAAGUAUAUCUCUAAACUGCAUAAACGUACAAAGUAUGUACAAAACAUACUCUAUGAAGGAUAUUAUUACGACCACGCUCCCAACUAUGGAAGUUAUUACUUUUAUUGUUUUAAAUAUAAAAAUGUCCCGCCACCCUACAAGAUGGAAGCGGACCUGGCCAUCGGUCCGGUGACGCCGACCGAAGACCGCUUCUCCGUGGCCGAGCCGCUUCCGCACUACUUUGAAACGACGGCCGGUCACGCGGCCGGAAGGCUCGUGAGCUUCAGGACCAACGUCUCGGGACACAUCGGAGGCUUUGAUACUCAGAUCUGGCUGAUCAUUGCGGCUCUAGUGGUCUUCCUCAGUUGCGGGCUGUCACUGCGCGGUCAACCGAAAAAUUUCACAGCUUUCAAGGGCCGCCUUUACGACCGCAUUUUCGAGAUGCUGGGAAACCUGGUCCUCGAAGGUAUCCAACGAUUUAAAAACCUAAUAAGCAAUUUAGUUAGAUUCUAUGUGAGCUACUACCUCGUAAAAGCUUCUCCGAGGACCACAAUGGACCCCCACAUCCGGAUUGUGAUUGCCUUCUGGUGGCUGAUGCUCAUCGUGCUGAUGAACACCUUCACGGGCCACAUGAAGGCCAGCAUGACGGUGCAAGAAGAACUGCCCAGACUGGACAGUGUGCAGGACGUCGUGGAUCACCCAGAUGUGACUCCUGUUAUCAUCAGGGGUAGCACAUUCGAGGAGGUCUUCCAAGAAUCGACGAGAAGAGACCACCAGCUGCUCCUGAAACGGGCCCGACAAGCGCAGAGUGUCCUCCCUCCCCGCCAGAUCUUCACCAAGUCCGUGUUCGACGACGUCCUUGCCGGCCGGAAGGUCAUCUUCCUGGACACGAUGCUGUUCCACUACUGGGUCGGCAGAUUCUACGAGCGCCUGCCCCAUGGGGAGUUCUACCUGGCCAGGGAAGCUGUCCUGUACCCGGCCAUGUGCAUGUGGCUCAACCGAAACGUGGAUCCUCAACUUGCGAGAGUGAUCCACAUUCGGACUCGCUGGAUCGCGGAAUCCGGCCUCGCCCAAAGGUGGAAGUACCUGCUCGUCGAGAGAAGUCAGCGCAAGUCAGGCGGCCUGAGCGAUUCGCAGGGGCAGCCGUUGUCGAUGGCUUCGUCACUACAGCUGCAAGAUAUCGCUGCCGUGAUGCAGCUGCUGGUAGCGGGACUCUGCGUGGCCCUGAUCACUUUCCUUGCGGAACUCGUCGUCUCAUCCCGCUGUUCGCCUUGUAGCCCUGGGGUACCUGGACGCUGA